UUUUAUUCGUACAAUUGAAAAGUUCGCUAAAUAAAAAGGAGAGAAGAAUUAUUAUUUGUGUUUAUAUGUAUUUGUGUGUGUGGUGUGUGUGCGUGUUGUGUUGUGCAUUAAUAAAAAAUAAAUAACUAGAAGGAAGCUAACGGUACUGGCUAGCUAGCUGGUGCUUGGUUGUUGUCGUUGACCUCGAGUGCAAGUGCAAGACGCUUAUUCAAAGAAUAUGCCAGAUCGAUUUCAAGUUACCAAAGCAGACGAAGAUACUGUAUUGGACUAUCAGCAUGACGAAUCAGCAAGUGGAAAGCUAUUAGGAGAUAUUCAUGAUGAUGAAGUGCCAGACUCAGGUGAUAUCCACAGGGAUGAAGAAAAUCAGAAGUCGACCAUCGAUCCCAACUUAUAUCUCUAUGAUGAUGAUUUGGCGACCAGGCCCCAUAUAUCCACUUUUAUUUCAUCAAUUGCCAAUUAUGAAAACACGAUACCAGCGGCCACCGAUCCGGAUGCAAAGCCAGCAGCACCUUCGGCUCGAAUGGGCACCCUAAUUGGAGUAUUCUUGCCAUGCAUUCAAAAUAUCUUUGGUGUAAUAUUGUUCAUUCGAUUAACAUGGGUUGUUGGUACGGCUGGUGCUAUUUGUGGAUUUCUUAUUGUCUUGACCUGCUGCUGUGUGACAAUGUUAACUGCCAUUUCAAUGUCGGCCAUCGCAACGAAUGGGGUUGUACCCGCAGGAGGGAGUUACUUUAUGAUAUCACGAUCACUUGGACCUGAAUUUGGCGGGGCGGUGGGAAUGUUGUUCUAUACUGGAACAACACUUGCAGCGGCCAUGUACAUUGUUGGUGCUGUUGAAAUUGUUUUAACAUAUAUGGCACCAUGGGCAUCGAUCUUUGGAGAUUUCACCAAAGAUGCAGACGCAAUGUAUAACAAUUUCAGAGUCUAUGGCACAUUAUUGCUCAUAUUUAUGGGUUUAAUUGUGUUCGUGGGUGUCAAAUUUGUCAAUAAGUUUGCAACUGUUGCAUUGGCCUGUGUAAUUCUAUCGAUUAUAGCCGUUUAUGUGGGAAUUUUCGACAAUAUCAAUGGCAAUGAGAAGUUAUACAUGUGUGUUCUUGGAAAGAGACUCCUGAAGGAUAUACCAUUGGAAAAUUGCACAAAAGAUGAUUCAUUCUUACGUGACAUCUACUGCCCCAAUAACAAAUGCGAAGAGUAUUACCUAAAUAACAAUGUGACCAAAGUGAAGGGCAUUAAGGGUCUAUCCAGUGGCGUAUUCUAUGACAAUAUCUUUCCAUCAUUUUUGGAGAAAGGACAAUUUAUAUCGUAUGGCCGAAAUUCUGUGGAUAUUGAGAAUGUUGGAGGUCAAUCGUAUAAUCAAAUUAUGGCUGAUAUAACAACUUCAUUCACAUUGCUCAUUGGCAUAUUCUUCCCCUCGGUGACGGGCAUUAUGGCUGGCUCAAAUCGUUCGGGAGAUCUUGCUGAUGCCCAAAAGAGUAUACCCAUUGGAACAAUAUGUGCUAUUCUGACAACAAGUACGGUUUAUCUAUCCAGUGUCAUGUUUUUUGCUGGCACAGUUGAUAAUUUGUUGUUGAGAGACAAAUUUGGUCAAUCGAUUGGAGGUAAAUUGGUUGUCGCCAAUAUUGCGUGGCCCAAUCAGUGGGUUAUAUUGAUUGGCUCGUUUUUGUCCACUUUGGGAGCUGGACUUCAAAGUUUGACUGGUGCUCCACGAUUGCUACAAGCGAUUGCCAGAGAUGAAAUUAUUCCAUUUUUGGCACCAUUUGCCAAAUCAUCAAGUCGAGGAGAACCAACUAGGGCUCUGCUUCUCACAAUUGUCAUCUGUCAGUGUGGCAUUUUGUUGGGUAAUGUGGAUCUGUUGGCGCCUUUAUUGUCCAUGUUUUUCCUCAUGUGUUACGGUUUUGUCAAUUUGGCCUGCGCUGUGCAAACUUUGUUGAGAACGCCAAAUUGGAGACCCCGUUUCAAAUUCUAUCAUUGGAGUUUAUCCUUGCUGGGACUCACAUUGUGCAUAUCAGUAAUGAUCAUGACUUCAUGGUACUUUGCUCUCAUUGCAAUGGGAAUGGCCAUCAUAAUCUAUAAAUAUAUUGAAUACCGAGGCGCCGAGAAGGAAUGGGGUGAUGGCAUUCGUGGAAUGGCACUCACCGCAGCUAGAUACUCACUUCUACGUCUUGAAGAAGGCCCACCGCAUACGAAAAAUUGGCGUCCGCAAAUUUUGGUGCUCUCUAAAUUGAAUGAUAAUCUAUUGCCAAAAUAUCGAAAGAUAUUCUCGUUUGCAACACAAUUGAAGGCUGGCAAAGGAUUGACAAUUUGUGUGUCUGUGAUAAAGGGUGACCACACAAAGAUAACAAAUAAAGCUGUCGAUGCAAAGAAUACUCUACGCAAAUAUAUGACAGAUGAGAAGGUAAAAGGAUUUUGUGAUGUUCUUGUAGCCCAGGAAAUUGGGGAAGGUCUGAGCUCAGUUAUUCAAACAAUUGGUUUGGGAGGGAUGAAGCCAAAUACCGUGAUUAUUGGUUGGCCCUACAGCUGGAGGCAAGAGGGCCGCAACAGUUGGAAGACAUUCAUCCAAACAGUACGAACAGUGGCCGCUUGUCAUAUGGCAUUGAUGGUGCCAAAGGGCAUUAACUUCUAUCCAGAAUCGAAUCAUAAAGUAAAAAUUGGUGGCAACAUUGAUAUCUGGUGGAUCGUUCACGAUGGAGGUUUACUUAUGUUGUUGCCCUUCUUAUUGAAACAACAUCGUACCUGGCGUAAUUGCAAGCUACGAAUUUUCACAGUUGCUCAAAUCGAGGAUAACUCGAUUCAAAUGAAGAAAGAUUUGAAGACAUUCCUAUAUCAUCUUCGAAUUGAAGCUGAUGUUGAAGUAGUCGAAAUGAAUAACAGCGACAUUUCUGCGUAUACCUAUGAAAGAACACUCAUGAUGGAACAGCGCAAUCAAAUGCUAAGAGCAUUAGGCUUAAACAAGAAAGAGAACUCCAAAGUGGUUCAGACUAUAAUGGACUUUAAGGAAACACCCAGUGAUAAUAAAUUGUCUUUGGUUCAAACAAUUGUAGACCACCAUUAUGACGUAACAAAAACAGCGUCGAAGGUUCGCUUUGCCGAUCCAACCAUAGAAGAAAUACAAAAUCACGAUUCUCAAAAUGAUGAGAAACGUAAUUCAAUUGACUCAGAUGGUCCAGAAAAUUUGGAUGCACCUGAAAAUCUAUCUAAUAAAGAUGAAUCGACAGAAAAAGCCGACGAUAACAUAAAGUCCAGUGUGAAACCGGACGAGUUCAAUGUUCGUCGCAUGCACACAGCAAUAAAACUAAAUGAAGUAAUUGUAGAAAAGUCACAGGAUGCCCAAUUGGUCAUCAUGAACUUACCAGGGCCACCUAGAGAAGUGAGAGCGGAACGUGAAAGCAAUUAUAUGGAAUUCUUGGAAGUUUUAACAGAAGGACUUGAAAAAGUAUUAAUGGUACGAGGAGGAGGCCGUGAAGUUAUAACAAUUUACUCUUAAGAGCAUUAAUCGCUCUAUUUGAUAAGAGUUCGCAACACUAGACAAGUUUAAGAAUCAAUCAAAUUUUUAAAUGAAGGUUAUUAAUUUGUUAUAUUCAAUCAUAUGUCCAAAUAUUUUAUUUUUACGUAAAUAAAAUA